GCUCGGCCGUGAAGCCUGCUCAUUGGCCGCCAGUCAACACUGGAGAGGCGGGGCAGAGGCGGGUUAAAGGGCGCUCCGCCGGUCCGCCACCGUGCCCGGGCUGGUGCAAUGGCGUGGCGGGGGCUGACGGCAGAGUUUCUGCGGGUGCCGGCGGUGACGCGGACCUACACCGCGGCCUGUGUCCUCACCACCGCCGCCGUGCAGCUGGAGCUCCUCAGCCCCUUCCAGCUCUACUUCAACCCGCACCUCGUGUUCCGGAAGUUCCAGGUCUGGAGGCUCAUCACCAACUUCCUCUUCUUCGGGCCCCUGGGAUUCAGCUUCUUCUUCAACAUGCUCUUCGUGUUCCACUAUUGCCGCAUGCUGGAGGAGGGCUCCUUCCGUGGCCGCACAGCAGACUUCGCCUUCAUGUUUCUCUUCGGAGGCGUCCUUAUGACCCUGCUGGGACUCCUGGGCAGCCUGUUCUUCCUGGGCCAGGCCCUCACGGCCAUGCUGGUGUAUGUGUGGAGCCGCCGCAGCCCUCUGGUGAGGGUGAACUUCUUCGGCCUCCUCACCUUCCAGGCACCGUUCCUGCCCUGGGCACUCAUGGGCUUCUCGCUGCUGCUGGGCAACUCGAUCCUUGUGGACCUGCUGGGGAUUGUUGUGGGCCACAUCUACUACUUCCUGGAGGAUGUCUUCCCCAAGCAACCUGGAGGCAAGAGGCUACUGCUGACCCCUGGCUUCCUGAAGCUGCUACUGGAUGCUCCUGAGGAGGACCCCAACUACCUGCCCCUUCCUGAGGAGCAGCCAGGACCCCAUCAGCCACCUCCACAGCAGUGACCCACCCAGGGCCAGCCGGAGAGGCUUCUAGAGGGCCUGCACUCUCGCCAACCCCUGCUUGCAGUGAACCACCUCCCUCCUGGAGGCUGGGUCCACCCAAGGGCCCACCCAAAUAAACAGUAUGACUCUGCAGCCUUUUGGCCUGAGGCACUGGCUCCCCCUGCCAAGGCUGGCCACAAGGCUCCCCUUCCCAGGCCCUUCACGCCUGCCCUCCACCCUCGCCCAGCCUGUCUUCUCAGCCCUGUUGUAGGCAGUAGGAUUGGGGCCCAUCCAGGGCAAAGAACCUGCCCACAUUGCCCAGCAGAGCUCUGAGCUCACAGGUGAGACUCAGGGUUCUCGUCCCAGCCCUGCCAGUGCCCUGAUAGAACCUCAGGCAAGUCCUACUGAUCCUGGGCCUCUGCUCCCUACUGGUCAGGGGGCGCUGGCCAGCGCCUGGGGCCAGGACUGGGCUCUCCUAGCCUGUGCCGAGCCUGGAAAACAGGUGCCCCUCCCCGUGGUGCCUUUGGUCUGAUGCUGGCCCAACCUCUCCUGUCCCUCUUCAGCAACCUUGACAGGUGCACCUUUACCUUGUUUUCCAUGGAGUGAUACCAAGGCCCCCUGGGGUCAGGUGUAGAGGAGGGCUGGGAUUGGGUCUUCUGCCCUUCCUAUGACUCCAGAGUCCUGUGACUGGGUGAGGCAGAGACUUCUGGGAAGCUCUGUCCCUGCCCUUUUUAGCUGAGGACCUGUGUGUGCCUUAUGGGACCCUGCAGAUCACUUUUUUCUCUUGUAACGUGGGCAUCAGGUGGCCUGGCAGCUCUCCUGCUGCUCUAGGCCUGACGCUGUCGUGGCUCCAGGUGCUGAACAUUGCAGGGUCCUGUAGCCACCAGCUAUUGUUUUCAUGGAAACAGAAACGGUCCGUUGAGUCUGCCCUCAAUCAUGUAGUGAAACCUGGCUCUGCAGCUGCGAGGGCCCUUCCCCAGGCCCCUCCCCGGCAGGUGGGCCGGCCUGCCUGCCUAGCGGGGUGGGCACAGGGCUGCCUGCUGCCCCAUGGAUUGAGUGAAUACUUCAGUAAUAAAGCAACGAAGCCCGUUCAUUUCCAAGGCCA